CCCACAGCCUUAUAUGUAGAGCUCUCUAGGAAAGAAGCGGGCUACAUGUAAUUACACUACAGGCCCUCACAGUGUCCUCUCUAUAAGCUCCCACCACAUAGGUAUUUCCACUUCCCAGGGGGGUGAGUCUUCACUUGCCCUGCAGGACGGCGCGCCCCCUCCCACAGCCGGUGAGGAGAGCAUGUGCAGCCGCAGGGCACGUCUCCCCGACUCCUAGUAAGGCACACGCCUCCCCGGUGAGAGGGCCGCCCAGUGCUGUCCUAGGCUCCCGAGGCAGCGGCUUUUCUUUCUGGGGCAGUCAGUCCUCGGGGAGGGAGCGGAGUACAGGGAAAGUUGAGAGCAGGAGGAGGAGCCCCGGAGUGUGCCCAGCCAGUGCCACCGCCACCGCCACCGCACACACGGCCAGUGCAGCCUACUGCAGCUUCACCUGAGCUCAGCACAAGUUUACACGGAGCGUCAUUCCACAGAGGAUUCAUUCCACAGAGGAUUCAUUCCACAGAGGAUUCAUGGAGGCUGCUGGAGACAGCCGGGAAUGAGCCACCAUGGACAGAGACCCGGAGGACCUGUGACCUGCGCUCCAGUCAGGGAUGAACUAGAGACCGCACUGUCUGACCGGGGAAUUCUGUCUGCUGGAUUAACCCUUCCCACAAUGGACUGGAGCAGGAUCCUGAGGCAGCACAUCCUAGUCAUUCUGCUGGGAUUCACAGCCUUCUUCCCCCAGUCACAAGGUGCCUGUGUCUUCCAGGGUUCUUUGUUUGCGAACAGUACUGAAUGGAAACCUGAAUCCUGUCAAGAUUGUACCUGUCACGACAAUAUUGUGUUGUGUGAAAAGACCCUUUGUAGGGACCCUCAAUGUGACUUUACAAAGGGUGAAACAUUUCGAAUAGAUCCUAACAAGUGCUGCCCAGAAUGUGUUUUAAGAUCAGAAGGCUUUUGCCGACAUGAAGGGAAGAAGCAUGCUCAUGGUACCCAAUGGGCACCCUCAAAAUGCAUUCUGUGUACGUGUAUGCAUGGAAAGGUAACGUGUGCCUCAAAGCCCUGUCCUAGGACAAGCUGCAGAGCAGGAGAAAUAGAAGCUGUAGCUUCUGGAGAAUGCUGCCCAACGUGUGUGGGAACAGGAGAGUCCUGCUCUCUUGAUGGUGGCCUUAUACUGAAGGAUGGAGAGGAAUGGAAGUUGGGACAGUGUUCAAGAUGUUUCUGCAAGAAUGGGGCGAUUCAGUGCCUAACUGUUGAUUGUCUCCCAUUGCUAUGUGAUAAGGAUGAAAAGUUGUCUGUCGUUCCUGGAAAGUGUUGUCCUGAGUGCCUUCCAAAGGCUUGUGCUGUAUCUGGAAAGACAUAUGAGCAUGGCUCACAAUGGAAGAAAAAUCCAUGUACCACCUGUAUUUGUGAAAGAGGUGACAUAAAGUGCCAUACAAAGACAUGCCCCUCACUGACCUGUGACAAGGGCGAGAACAAAAUAAGGCAAUCCGGGCAGUGCUGUGAAGAGUGUGUGUCUUCUAAAGGUAGCUGUAUGGUUGAUGGAUCUAUCAAGUACCAUGGAGAGCUCUGGAAUGGAAGUCACUGUGAAUUCUGUUUGUGUGACAGAGGGAAAGUACACUGCCAUGCAGCACAGUGUUCCCAAGUAGAGUGCUCAUGGGGUGAAGAAUCAGUACAUUUUGAGGGAAAGUGUUGUGCGGAAUGUGUGCUAAGUACCAGCUACUGUCUCCACAAAGAACCUGGCAAAGAGGAUUCUUUUUCAGAUUUGAGUGGAGUCAAGCAUUUGAUGAAUGGAGAGAAAUGGAAUGAAGAUGAAUGUACCGAGUGUGAGUGCCAGAAUGGUCAGAUCACCUGCUUCUCUCCAUCCUGUCCAUCAUGCCCAUUAGGAACUCUUGCAGUAAAUGAUGGUGGAGCAUGCUGUCCGCAGUGCAAACAAGAGCAAUGUAACCCAGACUGCUUAACCUGCUCUCAGUCUAUUGACCACUGUGACAUCUGCCGUGAUGAAGCUCGCUUGUUGCAGAUGGGACGCUGUGUGUACAGCUGUGACCCUGGAUUCUAUCUAGAUGGCAGAACAUGUUUGGCAUGUAAAGAAUCCUGUCUAACUUGUAACAAUGGGUUUGAGUGUACAGCAUGUCCUGGAUCCCUUUUGUUGAAAGAAGGGCAGUGUGUGGAAUCUUGUGGUCCAGGAUACUUCCAGAGCGGGUUUGUUUGUUCAGUAUGUCAUGAAGUCUGCUCAGAUUGUCACGGUCCUUCAGAAAGUGAUUGCAUAACAUGCAGGGACCCAUUACAAGUGAAACGUGGAGAUCGCUGUGUAGACAGCUGUGGAGCAGGAUUCUAUGUACAAAAUGGAAGCUGUGCAGAUUGCGAUCCAUCAUGCCAAACAUGCUCUUCGGACAACAAAAGAUGCUUAAGCUGUGCCAAAGGCAGCAUCUUUCACUAUGGCAGAUGUGUGCUGCACUGUCCAGCGGGUUAUUAUGCUGACUCUGAUGGAUUGUGUAUAGCUUGUCACAAAGAUUGUGCAUCAUGUUCCGGACCACUAGCCAACCAGUGCACAUCCUGCUCACCUCCGUUGGUCUUGCUGAAAGGACAAUGCAUCAGUAACUGUGGCAUAGGAUACUAUAUUGAUGGAAAUCAUUGCAGUGCUUGCCAUCACUCUUGUCGGGUCUGCUUGGGACCAGAAGACUCCCACUGCACACAGUGUACAAAUCCGGAGGAUUCACUACAGGCACUUCAAGAGUACCGAGGAAAGCCUUAUGGGAGUUGUGUGCCUCAGUGCAGGCAACACUUUUAUGUGGACACUGCAGGAAUAUGUCAGGAAUGCCACUCCACGUGUCAAAGUUGUAUUGGGAAGAAUCAUUUAAACUGCACAGACUGCACUGCUCCCACUGUUCUGCACUAUGGGGCAUGUUUGCCUCGAUGUCCUGAAGGAUUCUUCAACAAGGACACAGCUUGUCAUGUAUGCCACCCAUCCUGCAAAGAGUGCAACGGUCCAUCAGAUGCGCAUUGCCUGACAUGUCACCCUCAUGCAACUCUUACUGCAGGAAUCUGCAAGACUUCAUGCCCUGAUGGACAGUAUCUCAAUUUAGUGGGUUAUUGUGUUGAUUGUCACCCUCAGUGUCAGUAUUGUGUAGCAAAUCUGCAUGACACAGGCAGCAUUUGUUUGAAGUGCCAGUACUCCAGAUACUAUUUUCUUGGGGAUCGUUGCCUUCCCGAGUGUCCAGUAGGAUUUUAUUUAGAGGGCAGAACCUGUAAAGGUUGCCACCUGUCCUGCAAAACCUGCAGCGGCCCAGGUCUGAACGUAUGUGCAUCCUGUGAGGAUGGUCUUGUUUUGUCUCACAAUGGGAUGUGUACACAGUCAUGUGUUCAAGGUUACUACCGUGAUGGAAAUGUGUGCAAAGCAUGCAAUAGCCAGUGCUUAGCAUGUGACUCAGCGGGAAGCUGUACUGCAUGUAAAGACCCAAAGAAAGUUCUGCUAUUUGGAGAAUGCCAGUAUGAAAGCUGUACCCAGCAGUACUAUCUGGAUUACACAAGUGGUACAUGCAAAGAAUGUGACUGGAGCUGCAAUGCCUGCAAGGGCCCCUUGAACACUGAUUGCUUACAGUGUAUGGAACACUACAGUUUACAUAACGGUGCUUGUGUCGAGCACUGCCCUCCUUCAUACUACAAGCAUGGGGACACCUGCAGAGAGUGCGGAAUCCACUGUCAGUUCUGUGUUGAUCUUAAUCGCUGCACUCAGUGCAAAGCCCCAUUUUACCUGUUGGAUGAACAGUGUGUUAAAGAGUGCAGUCAGCAACACACUGUGUCCUAUGCUGACCGAACUUGCCGCUCCUGUCCUUCUGGAUGUCUGGAAUGUGAUAGUUCCCAACAUUGCAAAAUAUGUGACAAUAAGACAUUUUUAAAGAACCAUCACUGUGUGCCCCAUUGUGGAAAUGGCUUCAUAGGAAACAGUAAGACAAGGAGAUGUGAAGCAAACACACAUCCCCCAGUUCUCCUGGUAAAUGGCUCGUUCACUGUCGGCAUCGGUGCAGUAAGACCAUUAGACUUGUCUUUUAUGAAUGUUCAAGAUUUAGAUACCGAAGAAGGUAGUCUUACAUUUCAUGUUGUGACUGUUCCGGCCAAUGGUCGGCUUGUGAAAAUCACACAUGACAAGGAGGUUCAUCUCAACAAGGACACACACUUCAGCUGGAACGAACUGAUUGAGCAAAGGGUGAGAUUCAAGCACAGCAAGGAAAAAUCAAGGAAAGGCUUCUUUUCACUAAAAGUUAGUGAUGGACAACUCUUCUCUCAGCCAAAAACAAUCAAUAUUCAAGCAGUGUCAACAAAGGCACCAUAUGUCCUAAGGAAUGAAGAAUUAGUUGUUGGCAAAGGUGAAGUUGGACCUAUCACUGCUUCAGUCCUUGGUCUAAGGGAUGAUGAUAAUCCCCAGGAUCUUACAGUAGUUGUUCUAACAGCUCCAAAAUAUGGACAGCUGGUGAUUCCCCCAGGAAACACACCCAUCCACAAAUUCAGACUUGAUGACAUUACUAAUGGAGCGCUUCAUUAUAUCCAUGAUGGAUCUGAAAGCCAAUCAGAUGUAAUUGUUUUCCAGGCAAACGAUGGAUACUAUUUCCAAAACAUUCUGUUUCAUGUCAAAAUUGCAGAGAAGAUAAAUGGUGGAAUACAGCUUGUACUAAACUCAGCUGUUUGGGUUCCAGAAGGAGGAAUGCUUCAGAUAUCAAAUAGACUUUUGCAAGCUAGGGCCUUUGGUGCGGCUGACUCUGAUAUCCUGUACACCAUUACAAGUGAACAUCCACAAUUUGGUGAUAUUGUUCUUAUAGGUCCCAUGUCAGCUGAUGGUCCCGCAAAUAGCUGGCAGCGAUUGGCAGAUGGGCGGUUUGCCACCCCAGCCACCUCUUUUACACAACAGGACAUCAAUGAGGGCCUUGUAUGGUAUAGACAUUCUGGCUCCCAUUCACAAGGAAGAGACGCAUUCAGCUUCCAGAUUUCUAGUGCAUCAACAAAUCAGGCCCCCCAAGACAGACAUAAGUUCAGUAUCGGUAUUUUACCCAACCACCCAGCGGCACCACAGCUUUCUCCAGGAUCCUCCCUUCUUAUGACAGCUCUUGAAGACCGAAUAACAGUGAUUGGAUCCCAUUAUUUGUCAUUUGUUGAUUCUGAAAGCCCUAGUGAAAAAAUUGUUUACAAUGUGACUGUUCCCUUACAAGCACAUGAAGGAACUUUAGAGCACAAGGACAGGCCCCGGAUGCCAGUGAGAUACUUUACACAAGCUGAUAUCAAUGCUGAAAACAUUCUCUACCGUCCACCAAGAGCAGCUCCUCACUUGAGUGAGAUCAUGGACUUCUCUUUUACAGGUCUUCCUGAAUCAGUGAAUUUCUUCUUCACAGUUUCAGAUGGGGAGUUCACAACAGCAGAGAUGCCAUUUACCAUCCAUUUGCUUUCAAAUGAGCAGCAACCUCCCGUGUUCCAGAUCACUGCUCCAUUCCUUGAGGUCACACAAGGUGGAAGAGUUCCUAUUGGAAUGCAGCUUACUGUGAGUGAUACAGACACAGCUCCAGAAGAUCUGUUAUACGAAGUUGUGGAACCACCUCACUUUGGUGUCCUUAUGAAAUCCGAAAAUGGCAUACAAACUCCUUUGACAUCAGAUGAUACAUUUACGUAUGAAGAUAUCAACAGAAAUGCUGUACAUUAUGUGCAUGAUGGCUCUGCAACAACAGAAGACAAUAUGGAGAUUGUAGUGACUGAUGGAGUUACUUCCACUACAACCAUUUUGAAAAUAGUAAUCACGUUGGCGAAUGACAACGGUCCUCGUCUUGUCCCUGGUUCUCUGUUGUCCAUAACGGUGCCUAGCAAAAGCUCUGUUGUCAUAACCAGCUCAAAUCUUGCUUACACAGAUAGUCAUUCCCAGGACUCAAAAAUCAGAAUUCAGCUAAUCUCCCUGCCAAUGUAUGGUGUUCUAACAAAGGCUAAGUCUGGACAAGUGGCUGAAGAGAUAUCAGAGUUCUCUUUUUUCACGAUGGAAGAUAUCAACAAAAGGAAGAUUAAGUAUUCCACAGUAUCAGAGAUAGAUAACCAGCCUCUCACUGAUCUCUUCCACUUCACUGUGUACAAUGAGGACAAUGAACGUUUGGAUAAUCAGAUAUUCACCAUCACCAUCACUCCAGCCACUAGGAGUUUUACUGUAAUUCAGUCUGAAGAGCACAUAACAGUGGAAGAGGGAGGGAGAGUUGCUCUAUCUGCACGUGAUUUACUGCCCCUGGAGUCUUUAACAUUCAUACCUAGGCUUAAAAUACAGCUCGUCAGUGGACCAAGGUUUGGUUAUCUUGAGAACAUUAAGCAUGGAGGCCGGACAUCUCUGGGAGGUCAGGUGGGCUCUGAAUCAUCGUUUUUAGUUCAGGACAUAAUGGAGAAUUACAUCUACUACGUACAGAGUGUCCAUGACAGUUUGGAACCUAGUGUUGACUACUUUAGUUUCUUUAUGACUGAUGGAUCAAGCCAAUCUGAAAUUCACAAUAUCACCAUCAACAUAGAGGGCAAGAAUGAUGAACCUCCCCAGAUAUUUUUAUUGCCUGUAAGUGUUAAUGACAAUGUAGGAGCAGUUAUAAGGAAUACCAGCUUAAGUGUCCAGGACAUUGAUACGCCAGAUAAUGAGAUCACUUUUAUUGUGACAAAAACACCAGCCCACGGACAUUUACGCAGGAGGCAAUUUUACUCUGAACCAUUGGAUAAUGGAAGGAUCCUCUCCCAAGGCUCCUCUUUUACAUAUCAAGAUAUAUUAGAUGAGUUGAUUGUGUAUAUUCCAAUGACUGGGGCUACACAUUCAGAUGAAUUUGGGUUCUCUCUCUCAGAUGGUCGAUAUACCAAUACAGGAAGAUUACAGUUUACUAUUGAGCCACAAAGAAAAGAACCACCAAGGCUGGCCGUAAACAGAGGCCUACAAAUUUCAGCAGGCUCAACAGCUACAAUCACUGACCAACAUUUAAAAGGAACUGACAUAGAUUCAGAUGAUGCCAACCUCAGAUAUACCAUCAAGAGAGAUCCAGCUGUGGGACAACUGCAGAUGUCAAAAAAUAAUAACCUGGAGCAGAUUUCUGUUCGAGGACCAGUUACCAGCUUCACUCAGAUGGAUGUUAAUAACGGCUACAUUCUGUAUAAGCACAGUAAAGGAGAAUCAGGAGGAAGUUUUUCUUUUAAAUUUGACAUAGUUGAUCCAGAGGAGAAUAAACUGAUUGACCAAUCUUUCUAUAUUAGUAUAUUAGAAGACAGACUGCCACCAUCAAUUACUGCCAACAAAGGUCUUACCUUAGAUGAGAAUACUUGGAAGAAAAUCACUACACAGCAACUGUCAGCGACAGAUCGAGACAGUGAGCCCAGAGAACUGCUGUUCCACAUUACUAGGCAACCUAGCCUUGGGCAUCUGGAGCACAUAAGCUCCCCAGGUGUAAAAAUUAGCAGCUUCAGCCAGGCAGAUCUGGAGUCCCGAAGUAUCCAAUACAUUCACACAAGUGCUGAUGAAAAACAUGCUGAUGACUUCACCUUCACUGUCUCAGAUGGAGUCAAUGAGAUAUCGCAUACUUUUUACAUCACUAUCAAUAAAGUGGAUGACUCUUUACCUGUGGUGCAGAAUCAAGGAAUGAGGGUGCAAGAAGGUGUUCGAAAAACUAUUACAGAAUUUGAGCUGAAGGCAAUUGAUGCUGAUACCGAGGCAGAGUCAGUUACAUUUAACAUUGUCCAACCACCACGUUAUGGAGUGAUUGAACGCAGCACCACUGGUCAGAGCUACCGCCAGACAUUUACCUUUACAAUGGAUGACAUCUACCAAAAUCGUAUCAGCUACAAUCAUGAUGGAAGUAAUACUCUGAAGGACAGGUUCUCCUUCACUGUGUCAGAUGGAACUAACCCUUUCUUUAUUGUGGAAGAUGGAGGCAAAGAGAUUGUAACUGCAUUUCCUCAGAGAUUUAAAGUAGACAUCCUUCCAGUUGAUGAUGGAACACCAAGAAUCAUCACCAAUUUAGGACUUCAGUGGUUGGAAUACAUGGAUGGAAAGGCUUCUAAUUAUAUUACAAAGAAGGAACUAAUGACCGUAGACCCAGACACAGAUGACAAGCAACUUACUUAUGAAAUUUUAAGUGGGCCCACACAUGGCUAUUUGAAAAACAAGCUAAAACCUGGAGUAUUCCUUACAUCAUUUACACAAGAGGACAUAAACCUGGGCUUGAUAAGUUACAUUCUGGAUGAAGCCAAGUACAAGGAAACUAUGGAUAACUUUAAAUUUCUUGUAAAAGACAGUAAGCCCAAUGUGGUCAGUGACAACAUGUUCCACAUCCAGUGGUCGCUGAUCAGCUUUACCCAUGCUAGUUACAACGUCAGUGAAAAAGCAGGAUCCAUAAGUGUUACUGUAAAAAGGACAGGAAAUCUUAAUCAGUAUUCAAUAGUCCUGUGCCGGACAGAACAGGGAACGGCUACAUCAAGCUCCAGUGUGGGCUCUAGACCAGGACAGCAGGAUUAUGUGGAAUAUGCUGGCCAGGUGCAGUUUGAUGAGCGAGAAGACAGUAAAGCUUGUACCAUCAUCAUAAAUGAUGACCAGGUGUAUGAGAAUAUUGAGCAUUUCACAGUGGAGCUGAGUAUGCCAGCCUAUGCGCUUCUGGGGCAGAUCACGAGAGCCACUGUUAACAUCAAUGACACAGAAGAUGAGCCCACCCUGCAGUUUGAUAAGAAGAUGUACCGUGCUAAUGAAAGUGCUGAUGUUCUUUCGGUACCUAUUGAAAGAAAAGGUGACCCAGGAAGCAUUGUUUCUACUAUUUGCUACACCAUCCCAAAAUCUGCCAAAGGCAGCAGUCUUUAUGCAUUGGAGUCAGGGUCUGACUUUAAGUCCAGGGGAAUGACCAAUGAAAACAGAGUAUUUUUUGGAACUGGAGUUACCAUGUCCACGUGUGACAUCAAAGUAAUAGAUGACAGUGAAUAUGAAGAUGAAGAAGAAUUUGAAAUAGCCCUUGCUGACACUUCAGAAAAUGCUAGACUUGGAAGCAUUGCAACUGCUAGGGUUGUUAUUGUAGGACCCAAUGAUGCGUCAACAGUUUUCUUGGGCAAUGCCACGUUUACUGUCAGCGAAGAUGCAGGCUCUGUAGAGAUACCAGUGAUGCGCAGCGGACCAGACCUCUCUGUGCCGACAUCUGUAUGGUGUGCUACUCGCCCUUCAGACCCACCCUCUGCUACUCCAGGGAUUGACUACAUUCCUAGCUCCAAAAAAAUUGAAUUUAGACCAGGGAAAACAGUAGAGCACUGUACCCUGUCUAUACUUGAUGAUGUGCAGCACCCAGUUAUUGAAGGAUUGGAAACGUUUGUGGUGUUCCUCAGCUCAGCACAAGGAGCUGAACUCACAAAACCAUCUCAGGCCACAGUUGCUAUCAAUGAUACAUAUCAGGAUGUUCCCACCAUGCAGUUUGGUAAAGACAUAUUCACAGUAAAGGAGAAGGAUGGACUACUGCAUGUUCCAGUCAUACGUACUGGAGAUUUAAAUUAUGAGUCUUCAGUACGUUGUUACACGCAGUCUCAAUCUGCACAAGUGAUGGAUGACUUUGAAGAAAGAAGGAAUUCUGAUGAUUUCCGUGUUAUAUUUUUAAAAGGGGAAAAGAUGAAAAACUGCACAAUCCUGAUCAAUGAUGACUCUGUGUUUGAACCAGAAGAACAGUUCCAGGUCCAUCUGAGCAAUCCUCUUGGCAAUCACUGGAGUGGGGCAAGAACUGGAAAAAUAGAUAUGGCUACAAUAACCAUAUCAAACGAUGAGGAUGCACCUACCGUUGAAUUUGAGGAGUCUACUUAUCAAAUUAGAGAGUCCCAGGAACCAGAUGGAGUAGCUAUUUUAAACAUAAAAGUAAUAAGAAAAGGAGACCAAAACAGGACAUCAAAAGUCCGCUGUAGCACACGAGAUGGAUCUGCCCAAUCAGGCGUUGACUACUAUCCAAAAAGCAGAGUUCUUAAAUUUAGCCCAGGUGUUGAUCACAUCUUUUUCAAGGUGGAAAUUCUGUCAAAUGAGGACAGAGAGUGGCAUGAAUCCUUUUCACUAGUUCUUGGACCUGAUGACCCUGUUGAAGCUGUUCUUGGAGAUAUAACAACUGCAACAGUGACUAUUCUAGAUCAGGAGGCAACAGGAAGUCUAAUAUUACCAUCACCACCUGUAGCUGUAUCCCUGGCUGACUAUGACAACGUGGAGGAGGUUACUAAGGAGGGCACAAAGAAGUCUCCAUCUCCUGGGUACCCACUUGUUUGUGUCACUCCAUGCGACCCACAUUUUCCAAAAUACUCUGUAAUGAAGGAACGCUGCGAGGAGGCUGGUAUAAACCAGUCCACUAUAGUGUUUAAUUGGGAAGUGGCAGCACCCACAGACUCUAAUGGGGCAAGAUCUCCCUUUGAGACAAUAACGGAUACCACCCCUUUCACUGCUGUCAAUCACAUGGUGUUGGAUAGCAUUUAUUUCAGCAGACGUUUCCAUGUACGUUGUGUUGCUAAAGCAGUGGAUAAAGCUGGACAUGUGGGAACACCACUGCGAAGUAACAUAGUUACAAUCGGAACUGACAGUGCCAUAUGCCACACUCCAGUGGUAGCCGGCACCGCAAGAGGCUUUCAGGCUCAAUCUUUUAUUGCAACUCUGAAGUAUCUGGAUGUUAAACAUAAAGAACAUCCCAACAGGAUUCAUAUCUCAGUACAGAUUCCUCAUCAAGAUGGCAUGCUGCCACUUAUCUCUACAAUGCCACUCCAUAAUCUUCACUUCUUGCUUUCUGAGUCUGUCUAUCGCCAUCAACAUGUAUGCUCCAAUCUUGUCACCAUUCGGGAUUUGAAAGGGAUUUCAGAAGCUGGAUUCCUGGAUGAGGUGACAUAUGACAGCAUUGCAGUUGGUCCUGGUUAUGAUCGUCCUUACCAAUUUGAUCCCAAUGUCAGGGAACCAAAGACUGUUCAGUUGUACAAACAUCUUAACCUUAAAAGCUGCAUUUGGACUUUUGAUGCAUAUUAUGACAUGACAGAACUUAUUGAUGUCUGUGGUGGAGCAGUGACGGCAGAUUUCCAGGUACGAGACUCAGCCCAGUCCUUCCUCACAGUUCAUGUUCCUCUGUAUGUGUCCUACAUUUAUGUCACUGCACCAAGAGGUUGGGCUUCUCUAGAACACCACACAGAGAUGGAAUUCUCCUUCUUCUAUGAUACUGUUCUCUGGAGAACUGGAAUUCAGACAGACAGUGUCCUGUCCGCCAGACUUCAAAUCAUAAGAAUAUAUAUUCGGGAGGAUGGUCGUCUGGUCAUUGAAUUCAAAACCCAUGCUAAAUUCAGAGGUCAGUUUGUCAUGGAGCAUCACACUCUUCCAGAUAUGAAAUCUCGUAUUAUGGCACCUGAUCACUUGGGUGGCAUUGAGUUUGACCUUCAGCCUUUGUGGAGUGCACAGACAUUUGACUCUCCAUAUCAAUUGUGGAGAGCAACAAGCUCAUACAGCAGAAAAGACUAUUCUGGAGAAUAUACCAUCUACUUAAUUCCAUGCACUGUGCAACCAACACAGUCAUGGGUAGACCCUGGAGAUAAACCUCUUGCCUGCACAGCCCAUGCUCCGGAAAGGUUCCUCAUUCCCAUUGCCUUCCAGCAGACUAACCGUCCAGUGCCUGUUGUAUAUUCUUUAAACACUGAAUUUCAGCUGUGUAACAAUGAAAAGAUUUUCUUAAUGGACCCAACAAAAACUGAGAUGUCACUAGCAGAAAUGGAUUAUAAAGGAGCAUUUUCUAAAGGCCAAACCCUGUAUGGAAGAGUACUCUGGAAUCCAGACCAGAAUCUGAAUUCGGCAUACAAGCUCCAGCUGGAAAAGGUUUAUCUCUGCACUGGGAAGGAUGGAUAUGUUCCUUUCUUUGACCCUACAGGAACUAUUUAUAAUGAGGGACCUCAGUAUGGUUGUAUUCAGCCUAACAAGAACCUAAAGCAUCGGUUCCUGCUUUUGGACCGAAACCAGCCCGAAGUAACUGAUAAAUUCUUCCAUGAUGUCCCAUUUGAUGCUGCCUUUGCUGCAGAGUCUUCCGAUUUUCAUGCCAUGAGCAGCAUUCCUGGAGUGGAUGGUUUUACCAUGAAAGUUGAUGCCCUCUACAAGGUUGAAACGGGACACCAGUGGUACCUUCAAGUUAUUUACAUCAUUGGUCCAGAGACAAUAGCAGGACCUAGAGUUCAGCGAUCACUCACCUACCAGCUAAGGCGAGCCCGCAGGGAUCUAGUUGACAAGAAUGGCAGGCUUACACUGGAUGAUUCUUUGAUUUAUGACAACGAAGGAGACCAGGUUAAGAAUGGCACUAACAUGAAGACUUUGAACUUGGAAAUGGAAAGUGCUGCAACUGCGGCAUCUCAAACAGGUGCCUCGAUUGGAAGUGCCUUUGCAGCCAUAAUGCUUUUUAUGCUUGUUUUCUUGUCUGUGUGUCUUAUCACACAGAAGUGCAGGAAAAAUAGAAAGAAGAAGCCUCCUAGAGAUGCUGCUGAGGAAUAUCCACUAAACACCAAAGUGGAUGCUUCAAGGAAAAACAUAGACAGAAUGGAAAAGAACUUUAACAGGCAACACUGCACUGUUAGGAAUAUUAACCUGCUCAGUGAAAGCAACGACGACUACGAAGUGAAAAGUGUUAGGAUUAAGCAAAUGAACCUUGAAGUAAAAGUUCAUAAUAACCUACAUGAUGGAACAGAAGUUUGAGGACACGUUGGCACAUACAAAGUAUAUUUUGAUAAGAAGAAAAAAUGUUCUGCCAUUUUAUAGGAUGUUCUAAAAAAGAAAGUCAUACCCAUAUUUUUCUACUUUGAAAGAAAAGGGAAAGCAAAUGAAUAAUGGACAGAUGUGCAGUACUUACUGUGACUCACGACUGAGCUACCUCGCUGUGCCCACACGUGUGAGAUACAAGGGGCUAAAUCAUGUGGCAAAUAUUUGGUCUCUUCAUUUGCCAACAAUAAAUGCACUGCACGUAAUUUAACCACUGCCACCAAAGGUCAAAACUAGAGGUUUUAUUCUUCCUAUUAGCUUUACAUGCACUACAUUUACAUUAGAACAAUUAGUCCAACCACUGCAGAUGUUAUUUUUUAGUUCUAAAUGUAAUUUUCUUUUUGUGAUCCUAAAAUCAUAUUUUACAAAUAAGAACCUUUAUUUUAAUCUACUGUAUUUUGGUAACUACAAGUAUCUUUAUGAUUUUAAUACUGAGACUACUAUUAAGAUACUUGGGGUUAUUCACUUUGCACACAAUAUUGUUAUUCAUUCACUGGAGGGAAAUUUAUAUAUUGUAGUAGGAGACAAUCCCCAUUUCCCCAAACAUCAGUAAACAAAAAAAAGAAAAACCAUCCAUCUUUAUCGCAUUCCAAUACUUUUUCAUUAUACUAUUUUCUAUUCUAUUUUCCGAUAUGACAUGUGUAAAAUAUUGGGUUUAUUAAGUCUAGAGAGUCUUGGCUAUUUAAAAAGGGAAUGUGUCAUCAGAAAAAGACCUAUUGGGUUAAUCAAGUUUUUAAUGUAACCAUUAUUUUUAAGAGUUUUUUGUGAUUUUUAUUCCAUUUAAUCAUCUAGAUUUUAAAAUAAUCCUGAAAAUAAUCAAUUUUCUAUUUUGGCCACUAAGCCUUAAAGGGGUACUCUGCCCCUAGAUAACUUAUCCCCUAUCCAAGGAUAGGGAAUAAGAUAAGAUGUCUGAUCGCGGGUGUCCCGCCACUGGGGACCCCCGUGAUCUCUCCUGCAGCCCCUAGUCAUCUACAGCACGGAACUGAAGUUUGCUCUGUGCCUGAUAAUUCAUGAUACAGGGGCCAGCGGUUUGUGAUGUCACGGCCCCGCCCACUCGGGAUGUUAAACCCGUCCCUUAAUGAAGUGGCCAUGCCCCCUCCCAUAGACUUGCAUUAGGGUGCGGGGCAUUAUGUAAUGAGGGGGCGGGCUGUGGCAUCAUGAACCACCACCCCCUGUAUUGUGAAUCAUCAGGCACGGAGCAAACUUUG